UGGUGCACCGCGAGGAAAAAACACAGCAUGGAGGUAAAAGAUGGAAAUGCUGCACUGUUGAGUAAUUAUGAGGUGUUCCAGCUCCUGACUGACUUAAAAACCCAGCAGAGAGACGCCCGAAAGAAUAAGAGCAGUGCCGGUCAACAGAAUCUGAACACCAUUAUGUAUGAGACGUUGAAGUAUCUGUCCAGUACCCCGUGCCAGCAUCAAAGUCCUGAAAUACUGCAGAAGUUCCUGACCGCAAUGAAAGCACACAAAUUGACCAAAGCAGAAAAGUUGCAGCUUCUUAAUCACCGACCUUUAACUGCAGUGGAAAUACAGCUGAUGAUAGAAGAAAGCGAGGAAAGGCUGACAGAGGAACAGAUUGAGGAACUGAUCCAAAAUGUAAGCAGCAUUCUUCCCGGAGAUCCAGCGGCUGAGACGCAGGAUCAGGAAGAAAUGGGGAAUGAAGACAACCAAUAACAGAAUUGUUGUUUUCUGGGUCUUUCCAUGUAAUUGCCUAGAAGCGAUAAGGCAUGUCACGUGAGAGGUAUCUCUCUAAUCUUGUUAUUUCAUGGAGUCUCUCUGUUAAACCUGAAUAGGCCUUAAUGUAUAAAUCGGUAAUUAAUACCUCGUGUCCAGUUUUUGGAGUAUUUGAUAUUUAUGUUCAACUAUUUAAGGCACAUUUUUGUUCAAUAAACUUUUUGCUUAUU